CACGGAAGUGCGCAUGCGUGCUGCUGCUCGUGCCGGAGUCCUUCAGUGGGCAGCAGCUGAGGUCAGCCGGAGAGAACCGGUUCAACCGCCGGGACCUCCGAACGUACCGGGACAUCAGCAGUACCCUCCAACAGAAUGGCGAUGAGGAUGAAGGAGUUGCCAAGUCAUGGAUAAAGGGCCACAAUGACACAUGAGACCUUCUCAAGCUCCCAGCUGUCUGUCAAGGCUGCUGCCCUGCGCAUGGUUGACCUACUGCUGUCCGUCUACAGCUCCCUGGCACAGGUGAGUGUCAGCACAGGCACCAAGAAGCUGGUGGCUGCCACUGCCUUUGGUGCCGUCUCGCUCCUCUUCCUCGCUCGUCGCUUCCAGAGGAGGAAGGGCAGAAAGAAGGCUCACUCACCACAAUGGGAGCAGGCUGGCUUUGAGUUUUUUGCCCCAGCUUCAGCAGAAAAUGAUAACACCAGCCAAGCCAUCACUCUCUCCCUCAACUCCAAGAAUGGCUACUCCUCCGGCCUGGUCCUCACUACAGGAGACUACAGGAAACUGUCUGGGUCUCUGCUGAGCCUGGCCUCGGUAAAAAGCAUGAACUCAUCCAGCAGCAGCACCUGUGCUAAUGAAUCCACCUGUUGGGACAGAGUGGGGGACGCUGACAUCUGCAGUGUGGUCAAUUUACCUGUAACCACACCUGAAAACCUGUACCUCAUGGGUAUGGAUUUGUUUGAGGAGGCUCUGCGGCGGUGGGAGGAAGCCUUGACAUUCAGGAGCCAGCAGGGUGAGGAUGAUGUGAGCUGUGCAUCUGUCAAAACAGGAGCUGGAGACACCAUCGCUGAACAGACCAUGGAGGAUGUCAUCAGUGCAGAGUUCAUCCACAGGCUGAAGUCUCUGCUGCAGAGGGCUUACCACCUCCAGGAGGAGUUUGAGGGAGUGUUGGGCAUGUCGGAGCCCUCCACCCACAGCAACAGCCAGGAUAAAAUGAACGACGUUUUGUCCAGAGAGGAGCUGGACGACGUCGGUCUGAGAGACAGCAUCAGCAUCGCCUCCACCGACUCCUUUGUGUCUGCUGCUGAGCUGUCUGAGCACAGAGAGCUGAGGAGUGCCUUUGCUCUGGGUCACCACCGGUUCUACGAGGAGGCGCUGCAGAUGGCUGAAGACGGCAAGAUCUCCUGCAGAGUGCUGAGAACUGAGAUGCUGGAAUGUCUUGGAGACUUGGAUUUCCUGGCUAAGUUACACUGUGUGCGGCAAGCAAGUCAGCUCAUUUUGUGCGAGAGGACGACCAGGAUGUUUCUGGCUGAAACAGGAAAGAAAAUACUGUCUUCAAUUAUAGUUAAAGCACAAAAGAGCCCAAAGAGAUUUGAGGAAGUGUUUGAGGAGAUGAUUUCCUUCCUGGAGCACACGGAGCACUGGGAGGACACGGAGGUGGAGCUGGCCACACGGGGGGUGAGGCACUUGAACUUCUACGACAUCGUGCUGGACUUCAUCCUGAUGGAUUCAUUCGAGGACCUGGAGAAUCCACCCAUCUCCAUCCAGAACGUCGUCAACAACCGCUGGCUCAACAGCUCCUUCAAGGAGACGGCGGUGGCAUCAAGUUGUUGGUCAGUACUGAAGCAGAAGAGACAACACAUGAAGGUUGCCGACGGCUUCAUUGCUCAUUUCUACGCUGUGUGUGAACAGAUCAGCCCCGUUCUGGCCUGGGGCUUCCUGGGACCAAAGAGCUCCCUGCACGACUUCUGCUGCUUCUUUAAGGACCAGGUGCUCCACUUCCUGAAGGACAUCUUUGAUCUGGACAAGGUGCGCUACUCGUCGGUGGAGAGCCUGGCGGAGGACAUGCUCCACCUGCUGCACCGACGCACCGAGCUGCUGCUGGCCUACCUGGGGGCCGACACUCAGCUGUACCACAGCGGCUGCAACCCCCCUCAGAGGCAGCUGCUGCCCAGCGCCGCCCUGCUGGAGGCUCCGGUACAGUGACACACACAAGGACGGCAUUUAUCCCAGGGCCAGUUCACACCGCCUGCUGGACCAAAGGACCUAUCCGCAGGUGUGAGCCGCCUCUGAAAGCCACCGACUACAUCUCCCAACAUGCCGUGUGCUCUGUACCUGUGGAUCCAGGUGUCUGCCUUCAUCUCCUCCCCUCCUGUCCACCGUGCCACUUUAAAUACCAUAGCAAUAAGAUGUAACGUUGCUGUGAGACUGGCAGUGAUUCUCUGGCGGUAGCUUUUAGGUAUUUAUUGCCGUUCAGAGCAGAAGCAGGUAUUUAUUUAUUUUUGCACACAGCUAAAGGAUGCAGGGUUUAUUUUGUAGAAGUUCUAGUUGUGUCUGUACGUAUUAAUGUGGUCUGCUUCAAACAUCCAUUCGACUGUCACAGAUUUAUUAGACAUAUUUAAACAUCCUAAGCAUCAGCAGUGCAACACUGUUAGAUGUAGGAGCCGCCUGUCACCGAACACAGCGAGUUAGAAAUGAAAAGGGAACAUCUGGCUGCUUAGAUGUCGUUAUUUAAAAAGGUAAAACCUUCAUGCAGGAUUUAACCCUCCUGUUGUCCACAUUUAUGGGCACCAAAAAAUAUUGUUUCCUUGCCUGAAAAAAAUCCAGAAACUAGGCAAAAAAUUCCCCAAAUUUCUGAAAAUUUGCAAAACCUUCAGGAAGAAAAUUCCAAUAAUUUCUUAAGUUUCCUUUAAAAGUUUUAUUGAACAAAAACCCCUAAAUUUGGCAAGAAAUUCUUGGGAAUAUUUUCAAAAAUGAGUAAAAAUCUUCCAAAAAAAUUGUAAAAAUACCUAAAGAUUACAUAUGUAUCAGUAAAACUUGUAAUAUUCUCUUUAAGAACAUUCAGAAAAAAUCUACCAAAAUCCAGCGAAAUUCACUGGAUUUUGGUAGAUUUUUUUAGUGAAUGUUCUUAAGAAUUUUUUUAAACAUUUUUUCUACCAAAAGAUGUUUAAAGAUUUCCCAAAAAUGUUGAAAAUGUGGACAUCGGAAGUUUCACUGUGAAAAUACUUUGUGAAAAAACUUCACUUUAACUGUUUAUUGGUCAAGGGUUAAAGGUCAAGUUGUUUUACUGUGUGGGGAUUGGUCGGGGAUGAGGAAGAGAAUGUUAGGGGCGGGAGGAAGAAACGAUAGGUGGAAGUUGGGAGAGAAGACGAGACGGAAACUUUUAAGGGAAACUUUUGAGGAAUUAUUGGAAUUUUCUUCCUGAAGGUUUUGCAAAUUUUCAGAUAUUUGGGGAAUUUUUUUGCUGAAUUUUUGGACUUUUUCAGACAAGGAAACAAUAUUUUUUGUUGCCCAUAAAUGAAGACAACAGGAGGGUUAAGCAACACACCUAAGAAGUAUACAGAUAGUGGAUCUUCUGGGUUCUGUGGGCUGUGAGCUGGGCCACUGGAGAUCGAGCUUGUUUAAGAGCAUCCCACUGGUGUUUGAUUGGAUUAUGUUCUGGGGAGUUUGGAGUGUGGGUCAACAACUUGGACUUUUUGUCGUGGUUGUCAGUUUGGGGUCACCCUGACAAUUCCAUGUUUUCCAUAAAAACUCCAACUUUUAUUCAUGUGUUAACAUAACUGCACAAGGGUUUUCUAAUCAUCAAUUAGCCUUUCAACACCAUUAGUUAACACAAUGUAACAUUAGAACACAGGAGUGAUGGUUGCUGGAAAUGUUUCUCUGUACCCCUAUGAAGAUAUUCCAUUAAAAAUCAGCUGUUUCCAGCUACAAUAGUCAUUUACCACAUUA